CUGGACGAGGAGGAGCCAAUUCCGAGUGGAAAGGGCUGGACAAUGGUAAGACCCGACUCAACCGGCAGUUCAAGCAAGGUUGUUGGGCUGGUGGAGGCGGUUGAGCGCUAUGGCAGAAAAAGGUCACACGGCACUGACAAUAUGAUGGAGGGCGUAGAGCCUACGACUGAGCGCGAAACACAUACGCCUCCUCGAAAGAAGGCAAGGGCGACACAUCUUCCGCCGAUCACUACUUUGAAUGCAGCCGCACCUCCAUCACCAUUACCAUCUCCUCAUGGGUCACCACCACCACAGCCUAUAUGGCCUUCUGCACCUCCUAGUGGCGCCUCUUCCCCACAACCUCAAGCACCACUACAACCAGAUCUUGCCCUAACGACCCUUCUUACCCUUCCGUCUCUUUUAUCACAUUUUACAAGUCUUCCGCAACCGUUACAAUCUCAUUUCCUCCUUACUUUAUUACGGCAUUCUCCCUUACCCGUUCUGCGGACGUUGCAUUCUAUUUUAACUCCGACUCUCGCGCGUGAUUUUUUAACAUUACUUCCCCCAGAACUUGCAUCCCAUGUUCUGAGUUUCCUUCCUUAUUCUACUGUAGUUCGUGCCUCCAGAGUAUCCAAAGCUUGGCGCGUCAUUAUCGACUCUGAUCCUGUACUUUGGUCAGAUCUACUCAAAAGUACCAAGAUCUGGUUUGGAGGGGUUACAGAGCGAGCUUUUGCGCAUUCAAUCUUUGCUAGACGUCGCCUCAAUAUUCCCCCUACUCCCAAAACCCUUCCCCUCUCUCAUCCAUAUAAGAUGCUCUUCAAAUCCCGACAACUCACUCGAACUCGAUGGGUGGACAACGAGAACCCGAAACAUCGAUCCUUCCCCGCACACGGCUCCUCUGUCGUCACUUGUCUUCUUCUCUCACACGGACGCAUAAUAUCGGCGUCCGAUGAUCACUCAAUUCAUGUGUAUUCUCCUUUGACAGGUGAACUCCUGCAAAUGUUGGAUGGCCAUGAAGGUGGCGUAUGGGCGCUUGCCGCCUGCAAAGAUACGCUCGUCAGCGGGUCGACUGAUCGCACAGUCCGAAUUUGGAAUCUUGCAACUGGUCGAUGUACGCAUAUAUUUGGCGGCCAUACAAGCACUGUCCGAUGUCUGGCUAUCGUCAAGCCAGAGUGGAUCGAAAUCGAAGGCGAUAGCGGUGUCAUUACGAGGGAAAAGUGGCCAAAGCGGUCAGUGAUCGUGACUGGCAGCCGUGACCACUCCCUUCGUGUGUGGACUUUACCUCGCCCCGGUGAUCCUGAGUACAGAUGCUAUGGUGCAGAUGACUCCGAGGCUGACCCAGCUGAUGAGGAUGCAGAUGAUAAUCCGUAUCAUAAGAUGCAUCUAGAAGGUCAUGACCAUGCAGUUCGUGCUCUCGCCGCCCGUGGCCGCACCCUUGUAUCUGGCAGCUAUGACUGUACUGUAAGAAUAUGGGACAUCAUCACUGGCGAAUGUAAAUGGGUGCUUGUGGGCCACACACAGAAAGUGUAUAGCGUUGUACUUGAUAUCCAUCGUCAGAUCGCCUGUUCGGGGUCUAUGGAUGGCACUGUUCGUGUGUGGAAUUUACGAACAGGGCAGUGUCAACAUACAUUGACUGGGCACACAUCGCUCGUCGGCCUACUCGGCCUCUCCCCUUCCCACCUCGUUUCCGCCGCCGCCGACUCCACUUUGCGCAUAUGGGAUCCUGAAUCUGGAGAACUACGCCACACCCUUGCUGCCCAUACAGGUGCUAUCACGUGCUUCCAACAUGACGAGUUCAAGGUGCUCAGCGGGUCAGAUGGUACGCUCAAGAUGUGGAACGUACGCGAUGGUACCGUUGUCCGUGAUCUCCUGACAGGCAUCCAGGGUGUUUGGCAGGUAGUCUUCGAGGGUCGCUGGUGUGUCGCUGCCAGCAAUCGAAAUCCUGCUACAGUGCUUGAUGUGUGGGACUUUGGCACUGAUGAGGAUGAAUGGAUUGGAGAGCCUCCAAGUGGUUUCUAUGAUGACGACACUGAGGAGGAAGACGAGGGGGAAGAAAUAGAACAAGCGGAUGUAGACGCCAUGGACCAAGACCUCGAAGUGGAAGUUUCUGAAGAGUCUACAGAGCCCGAGGAACCUCAGGAGUGUGCGCGUGACAGCAGCCAGCCGCUAGCUGCCGAAGUCGAGGAUGUGCCAAUGGAGCGAGUGGAAGGCAUCAGGGCAUCAAAGUGGGCGCCUCCUUCCAAACCCUCCGGCCAUCAACGCAAUCGCCCAGUUCUUGGCGAACCUUCUAGCAGAGCGAUUUCGCACCCAGUGGACGGUAUCCCUUCACGCUUACCACCCAUCAAUGAGACGCCCACGCGUCCCAGAAUACGCCAGAAGCAAAGGCGUUAA